UGGGGCGGGACUGUGCGGAAAGGCGGAAGUGGUUUAGUCUGGCAGCCCGCGGUGUGCGGAUGGCUGGACCCUGGCGCCGAGGUGCUCCGCCCGUGGGGCCGGCGGGGCCUGGGGGUCCUGGGCGGCCGCAGGGGCGGCCGCAGGAGCUGCGGGGGAAGCAGCGCUCAGCGCCAUGGCCCGGGCCGCGCAGCAAAGAAAAGAAGAAAGUGAAUUGCAAGCCUAAGAACCGGGAUGAGCAGGAAAUCCCCUUCCGGCUCCGAGAGAUUAUGAGGAGCCGCCAGGAGAUGAAAAAUCCCAUCAGUAACAAAAAGAGGAAGAAACAAGCCCAGGCAGCCUUCAGAAAGACGCUGGAGAAGGAAGCAAAAGGAGCCGAGCCGGACAUCGCUGUCCCCAAGUUCCAGCAGAGGAAGUGGGAAUCUGACAGGGCCUAUAUCCAGCGAAUGGAGGAGGAGGCCCAGCACGUGCUCUUCCUCAGCAAGAACCAGGUGGCCCAGCAGCCCGAGGUGCAAGAAGCUCCCAGAAAGAAGUCAGAGCGGAAGAAAGCCUUCCAGAAACGGCGGCUGGAUAGAGUCCGGCGGCGGAGGGAGGAGAAGGCCGCAGAAGGGCUGGAGCAGGAGCUGUUCCGAGACACGGUGCAGUUUGGCGAGGUUGCCCUGCAGCCCCCAGAGCUGACCGCCCAGCCCAGGACGAGCACAAGUCGGGGUCAGCCUGGGAAGAAAUCGCUGAUGCUGAGGAUGCUUUUGAGCCCUGGUGGCGUGUCCCAGCCUCUGACCACGUCACUGGCCCGGCAGCGGAUUAUUGGGGAGGAGAGAGAGCGGGCCGUGCAGGCCUACAGGGCGCUAAAGAAGCGGCAGGGGGCUCAGUCACCGCAGCCGCCCUGUUCCCCCCACUUGGCUUCCAGGAAGAAGGCAGAGACGCAUCUGUGACGGCGAGACCAGGGCCUCCACACCUGGGUUUGGGGAGGACGUAGAUGGCCUGGAACACAUGCUGGGACUCCCAGGCCCUCCAAGUACUUGCUCUCCAGUGCAGAAGAGGGCUCCGGGCCUUUGCUCCCUCGUUUUUUCUCCCUAAGAGGGCUUUUCUGUGAGUGACCAUUUGCUGGGUUGUCCCUCACAGAGCAUGAUCUGUCCCAGGUGUCCGUAGAGUGGCCAGCACAUCUGGGACACAGCCAGUCGGGCACACCUAGCAUCGUUCAUCGCAGCUGUGUUCUGAAUACACAGGUCCAGGCUCAUAUAACCCAGGGCCGCUUUAGGGGGGACGAUCCCAUAAUCCUGUCCUUCAGCGCCAGUCUGCUGGAGACAUUGCAGACUUGGUCAGCUGAAUCUAACUGAAGCUCUGUGUGUUCAACAGCGCAGCUCGGCUGGAAGCAUAGGCCGGA